AUGGAUUCCACCGCGAACGCCUCCUGGCAUCCGGCAUUCAUGCCCAACGAUGCUAGUGGCCAUGCAACUAGAGAAACUCAGGUUCCCUGGAGCGCAGAAACCCACGACUCACCAUCGGCUCCUCCCUUUCACAGCCAGCUUGCUGAAGAUGUCGAGCCUACACCCCUAUCACAAGCGACACAGCUGCAGAGUCAGCCAGAGGAACAAAGCAGUCCUUGGCUCGCCGAGCACGAUAGCCAAGAUGCUUCAGAUGAUUGGCCUGUCUUCGAGAGACCAGUGUCACAUGCCCCGGCCGAGAGCGACGACGGCCCCAAAGAACCUUCAACUUCGACCACAGCUGCCGAAUCAGAAUCGAAUUCCUUUCCCUCCACCGAACCGGCCAACGAUCUUGCUCCGCAGCCGCAAGCUGUGGCCGACGAACCCAAGCCAUCCGCACCCACCUUGGGCCACACUAGUACCAACUCCUUCACUCGAACUGUCUCCCACGAGGUCAACUGGGACGAUGACCAUGAUACGGAAUGGACCCUGUCCCGAACCGACACUGAUCCUUUCAAGUUCAUGCCACCGAACGAAAGAACAAAUUCAUUCCCGCCUGUUCCGCCUGCCAGUGGAGUAUCGGCAGCCGUCCCUGGCACGGAACAGCCUCUUCCGUCAAACCAAGCCGAGGACUUGAUUCAUGAAAUCGAGAGUGCGCCUGAACACUUCGACAAUGGUGCUUUCGAAGAGACGAAUCAUGUCGCAAACGACUUUGAAAACGGCUUCGACAAUGAGGAACCGCAAGAUGACCAGCAUUAUGUCGGCCGUGAUGCUACCUUUACUGAGCAGGAGGACCUUGGCUCGCGCUAUGAGGAAGGGGUUCCUCUCAUUCCCCACUCUGAGUCCAAUGGAGAAGUUUCGCAGCCCGAACAGAAACUUGCCAGCUUCGGAGACGAAGUGGCAGGUGAGGAUGACUUCUUCAGCCAGAUCCAGAACUCCAACAAUGACGACUUCCCUGACUUUAGCGGGAACCAUCCAUUGGAGCGAAAAUCGACGAUGCAAGUUAUGGGCGACAUGAAUAACAAUACACUGUCGAGAGCUGAUACGCUGGGCGAAAUGCUUGAAGAGGAUGAAGACGUUGAUGAGAUCACCAAAUCGACGGAGGAGCCUGCAGAGCCUAUCCAAUCCGAAGAUGCUGGAGCAAAGCCAGCUGACGAUCUUGCUGCUAAAUGGGAACAAGCUUUCGCAGAUGAUGACGGAGAAGAUUUUCUUCUGGACGAGUCACUCGACGAGGCCGGCGAGUCUAAGCCUGUCGAUCCAUCGGCAUUCUUUGGUAGCGAUGACGAGGGCUUCCUAGACGACGAUGAUGACCUGCCAACCGCUACGGCCCCGGCGUCGGUCAUUCAAUCCGCUGGACAACAGAACCGAUAUACUCCUACCGUUGCCUCUCACCAAGCUUCUUCCUCCCCUUACGCGCCGACUGCGCCAGCAGUGCCGUCGCCCUACCAGCCUCAGAAUGCGGCCACUCCAUUUGCUCCAGCGGUGGCCCCUUACGCUGCCCAGCGCACCCAGUCAGCCACUCCUUAUAACGCGCAGCAAACGCGCCCUGAGCCUGUCAAGGCCCAGAGUUUUGCAGCGCAAUCCAAAGGCGGGUAUACGUCUCCUUACGAUCUUCCCAUGGAAGUCGUUGUUCCGAAAAAGAGGGCUAGCACGAACCAACUGCCGCAAAGCCCUUCAACGGGGCCAUCCUCCCACACCGCCGCCACCAAGAGCUGCUACCUCGAGCGCCUCGCCCCCUACAUCAAGUCACUCUGGGCAGCCUCCGCCGGCAGGAAAGCCCGUACCUAUGCUUCGGAAUAA